GAUCCUCAAUUUUGGUGGUGGUUACAUAAAAGUGAGAAAAACACAAUUCCAUACCCUAAAUUCCAAAAUUCUACCUCAACCAGCAGCUUCGUUUCGUUUUGAUUGUUUUUAUUUCUUAUUUUUUAUUUUUGGCGGUCUGCUUAUUUUCACUGAAAUAGAGAGAGAAACCAACAAACUCCCAAAAUAAUGGAAAUGGAAGAAGAGAGGAUAGGAAUGGUGUUAGUUCGUGCUUCAGAAUUGCGCUCCAAAAUCGCCAAUUGCAUUCAGAAGUCAACAGUCCCAAAUCAAUCUCAGCUUGAAGGACCUCAAACUAACGGAGAUUCAACUUCUUCUGCAAAAAAUGGGGAAGAAGCAGAUGAUGAAACUGAAGCCCUUUUGAACAUUUGCUACUCUUUUGAUUCCCUUGAGUCUCAGCUCUCUUCUUUGCAAGCUCUAAGACAACAACAGCAAUAUGAAAGAGAAGCUGUAAUUGGAGAGAUUGAGUACAACCGUAAGAUGUUGCUUAAGAAGCUCAGUGAGUAUACAGGGGAACACUCGGACGUGAUACAAGAAGCAGAAGUUUUUGCUAGUAUGAAGGUUGAGCAUGACAAUGAGUUACUUCUUCCACCAUAUCCAUCCCAUUCUCUAGUCUUAGACAAGAACUACCUCUCACGUGCUCCAUAUUCACGUAAGCUCACACAAAACGGUCUGAAUGGAGGCAACAAAUCCAAGGAAAUUCAAACUCGGAGUAAAUCCAACAAGUUAUGGGGAGGAUUGAGAUUUCUUGUUCAUUCCACUGCCAAGUCAAUGCUUACCCUUGUUGGUGUAAUCUCUCUUCUAAGUUUGGCUGGGUUUGAGCCUAAACUUCAGAAAAAGGGUACUAAUUUAAAUGUUCUGACCUUGUUUCAACAACCCGGUGCUAAACUCAAGGCACUUGGUGCACGUUGCCCCCCGGGGAAAGUGCCGAUGAUGGAGGAUGGUGAGAUACGUUGUAUCGUGAAGGAGAGAGUUGAAAUUCCAUUUGAUUCAGUUGCUGAUAGUCCUGGUGUGAAUUAUGGUUGCGGUUAAAAUGGCAAUAUGUAACCAACCUUUUUGUAUAUCCUGCCUUCAUGGCCAGUAAAGUGGAUUUCUUUUCAUUUUAGUUUUUCAAAUGAGAUUGUUGAUUAAUUAUUUA